AUGUCUUAUUCUUCCCUCAAAUUGCCAAUCUUUCUCAUUCUCUCAUCUCUUCUCCAUGCGGCUUUAGGGGAGGAUAUCAUUUGCGAGAAUUUGCCAACGAAUAUGUGCGCAUUCUCAAUAUCUGCUUCCGGGAAAAGAUGUUUAUUGGAGACGGCUAAUGUGGCCGGAGAAUACACUUGCCGGACUUCCACGGUAGAGGUGGAAGGGAUUGUGAACCACGUGGAGAGCGAUGAGUGUGUAGCCGCUUGUGGGGUUGAUCGGAAAACCGUAGGGAUCUCAUCGGACACAAUGAUGGAGGCAGGCUUCGCCGCUAAGCUUUGCUCACCGGCUUGUUUGGACUAUUGCCCUAACAUUCUUGAUCUCUAUUUCAAUCUCGCCGCCGGUGAAGGUGCAUUUUUACCUGAUCUGUGCGAUGCUCAACGGACAAAUCCUCACCGUUCGAUGUUGGAAAUGCUCAGCUCCGGCGCCGCUCCAGGUCCUGUCUCCGAGGCUGCUCCAGGCCCUGUCUCCGACGCAGCCCCAGGCCCUGUCUCCGACGCCUCAUCCCCCGCUUUGGCUCCGGCUCCUAUGUAA